CACUUCUUUAUUCCAACUCUCUCUUUCUCAAAUUCACUUUCUUUCUUCUUCUUGUUCUUCUUCUUCUCUGCUUUCAUUUCAAAAUGCUGACAGACGCAGAAGAACGCGAAUCCUUCAAUUCCGUGUUGGGACGCAUCUUACUAUGCAAAAUCUGUGGUCGUAAUCGAAGGCAUCAAAGGCUCGAGAAAUCUUUCACUUACAGCAACUUCAUACAUGAAAUCCAACCGUUUGAUUAUGAUAAUAUGGAGUUUCUUAAAAUUCUCGGUGAAGGAAGUUACGGUAGGGUUUCUCAAUUCCGUAUCGUCAAUGAUAACAGCAUUGUGGCCGUUAAACAAAUCUCGAUUGCCAACACUUCCGAUGCUGUUCCUGGUUUCAUCAUCAGAGAGGUCUCCUUUCUAAAAGAAUUGAAUCAUCCAAACAUUGUUAGGUUAUUGAAUGUAACGAACAAUAAGGAUACAAAUGUGGUGAGCCUUGUUUUCGAGUGUCUUGAUUGCGAUCUUGACAAGUACAUUAAAGAGAAAGAUCGCUACGGUUCAGCUAUUAAUAAUCCCUUCACAAGAAAGAGUUUUCUGUAUCAAAUAUUAUCUGCUGUGGAGUACUGUCAUUCUCAUCAGAUUAUGCACAGAGACUUGAAACCGCGUAAUCUUCUAAUCGAUCAUUCUAAAAAGAUAAUCAAACUUGCUGAUUUUGGUUGGGCUAGAGAGUUGGGAGAUCCAGAAAAGUUCUAUACUGAUAAGAUAGCAACUCGGUGGUAUAGGGCACCUGAAGUUCUGUUUCUUAACGGUCAAUACUCAACUCCAAUGGAUAUUUGGGCUGUGGGCUGUAUAUUUGGUGAGAUGGUACUUGGACAGCCAAUACACAAUGUUUUUAAUUGCACUGGUGAGCUACAGCUGAUUUUCAGAAUGUUUGGUACACCAACAGAGGAAACGUGGCCAGGGGUCACUAAAUUAUGUACCAACCUUCAAGCCUAUACCAAAUCUGACCCAAUGGACCUUUCAACAAUUUUUCAUGAUCUUGAUCCAACUGGUCUUAAUCUUCUAACGAGGAUGCUUUGCCUGGACCCAAACAAGAGGAUUUCAGCGGAAGCUGCUCUAAAGCAUGCUUACUUUAAUGACUUGGAUCAGGAGCAGUCAGUCAAAAAAAAUAUUGGGAUAAUAAGGGAGGGUGGUGGCAACAACAAUAACCCAGAAGAGUUUGCGGUGAUGAGGGAGGGUGGGAGUAGCACCAACAAAGGGGAAGUGUUUGCAAUGACGAUGAAGGGUGGCAGCAGCACCAACAAUGCAAAAGAGAUUGCCAUGACGAGGGAGGGUGGCAGCACCCCCACUAACAACAAUAACCCAGAAGAGUUUGCGAUGGUGAGGGAGGGUGGCAGCACCACCUCUAGCAACAAUAACCCAGAAGAGUUUGCGAUGGCGAGGGAGGGUGGGAGUAGCACCACCAGAAACAACAAUGUAGAAGAAUUUCCGAUGACCGUGGAAGGUGAAAGCAGCACCACCAUGAACAACAAUGAAGAAGAGUUUGCGGUGGGGUGUUUGCUGUCGAUCAGGACAGUAUUUGGUGAAGAGUUUGAAGGCCAAGUUGUUACGUUUGAUCGUCCCUCCAACAUCCUCGCACUCAUGGAAAGUUCCAAAGAUGUCCCUCUUGGAAAAAUUAGGAUUUUGAAAGCUGAUUACAUAGAAGACUUCACCUUAUUAGGUCAAUAUAAAGACCCACUUUAUCCAUAUAAGUGCUACCUUGAUCUCAAUGUUCUCCAAGCAAGGGAAAAAGUUGCCAUUAGACAAGCAGAAGCAGAUGCUGAGAGGAUUGGGGUUGGUGUUACAAGUGUAGCACAGAACAUCUUUGAUGCUUUAUCUAAAACGCAUCCAGUCCGCUGGGACAAGACUGUCAUAGUUGUGAUGAAUGAGGUGCGUAUCAGCAGUCCUUAUCACUCGGAAUGUGUGAUUGGCGGUACUCAAGUUGCAAAUAACCGUAUGAAAAAAGUGCUUGAGAUGUUGUGGAAGUGGUUGCAACUUCCAGGUUCUGGUGAUCUUUGUUGAGCUCUCAGGUUCUGUCUUGCGCAUGGAGUUCAUUUAAGGUAGGUUAUUAAAGGAGAAGCCAAGUCUUAAUCAGCCAAAUAAAAGGACAGCUUAUUUUUCAUAACCAUUCCCCAUUCAUCACAAUAGCCUAUGUACAUAUAAAAUUGUUUCCUCUCAAAAAAAGAAGCCAGUUUACAUGGCUUUGUAUUUUUUUACAAAAAACUUGCGAUGUUAGUUGGUGGUUUUGCUUCUUUCUUACAUGGCUCAGGUCAUUGUUUACAAAUGAACAGUACAUUCAAUCAAUAUUGUUUUAGCCAUCCAAUUUAUUUCAUGUUUAAUAGGGCAAACAGAAUUACAUUGUACAACGUAUAUUCCUUUGCUCCUCUCUUUGAGUUUUUUUAAGCAGAAAGUUCCUACUAUUACUUUUAUGAAUACUGCUCAAUUUUUUUUUUUUUAUAAGCAAUUAUUAUUAAUAA